AUGUCUUCCAUUCAAUCAGUGAAUCAAACAGCUCGAUUGAAUAUCAAUUUGCGCGAACGCUGCCGUAUGCAUGAUCUUAAUGAAGCAUUUGACGAUUUAAGAGUUAUAUUACCUUAUGCUAAUGGUACAUCGGUGCGUAAACUAUCCAAAAUUGCCACUCUCCUGUUAGCCAAAAAUCACAUUUUAAUGCAG